ACAGGCAGGAGGACAAUUUUGAAAGCAUCUCCCAGGUGAGCAUAUUCGAGCGAUGCGAUUACAGAGGCACUAGAGAGCCCUACAGGCAGAAGAAAGGCAAACCCUAUUCCCAGGAUUCGCACACUUCGUACGUCAGUUCGGUUAUUGCGUACUGGAGUGUUAAAUUAAUGCUAAAUCCCACUAUUGAAAAUUUUCACAUAGCCUUUAAUGACAAAAGUUGGGGCAGUUUUGGCGACACCGUGGUAGAAAUUCAGUUCAAGGCACUUCCGCAGAAGGCGGCUUUUAUGGUGAGGCGUGCUGUUAAUUUCCAAACCAUCGGCUCAAGCAAUACCAAAACCCUCAACUCCUUCGAAAAUGGAGCGUUCAGCUUCCAAGAUAUUAGUGAUAAAAUCACAGCAAUACAAAAUGAACGUCAAGAAUUGGAUGCAGACACGCAAUUUCUGGUUUUCACAACUGCUACUUCCAGCUUAGACGCGCCUCUUAAACUUAAGUAUUGGCAAAACGAUGAACAGAUCGUUGUCAUUGCUAAAAACUACAGCAACGAAACAAAUCUAUGCCUUAACACUGCCGAAGAUAAUGAGUGUAUUUACCGUUUUUUUCCCCAAAACAACUAUUACCAACUGCCGAAAGUGAGUGUAUACGCAGGCCAGAAGCAAAAAAAAGAGCUGCCUAAUGCAACACAGGAUCUAAUUGCAAACGAGUUUGGAGAACGACGUAUGGAAAUAGCCAAUGAUUUUAUCAAAUACAUCACAAACUGGACGAAAGGGACACGUGCUGGCGCUUUCAAGCUCAGCAAAGAAGACGUAAUGGUCAAGUUGGGACAGUUAUUACUAGCACCUUUCCAAAUAUCACCUAUGGCCAAGACUGUGCAAGGUUGGUAUUAGUCCAGUCAGAUUAGACCUUAAAAGCCGAUUUGGAGGGCUAAAUGAAUGAAGGGAAAAUAUUAUUGGA